AUGCACGGCUGUUCAUGCUCGAGCUAUCCUCAGCUGCUGGUCUGGUGGUGCAGGGUUUGCGUAGUAACCUGUUUGGACUCGCGCGCCCCUUUUACUGCUCCAGCCCAUGCUUUGGAUCUCUCGCUGCCUGCUUUCUGCUUGGACUUUUGUGCGGCGUUGGUUGCUGUGCUUGGCUUCUGUUCCGGUUUGAUUGCCUCCCUGGACUUGCCUCCACAUCCACCCUUCGCCUUGUCCUGCCCGGUCAAGCCGCACGUUCACAUCUGUUGGAGUAUCAGUAUGAGCUGCCACGGCGACGUCAUUGAGGCUUCAGUGGACUUUCCUGGACUUCGAGUUCCAGAAGCUUCAGCUGCCCCUCCCCGGACUGGACUUGAAACCCGGGAUCAGAUCUCAGCCUCGUUCCUUGCUUGCCCGGCUCAUCACUUGGCCCUUGGGAUUCGCCUCUCUGGUGCUUCUCUCUCUGGCCGUGAUCGUGUUGCACGUGCUUGGACUGCUGGCUUGUGGGCUAAGGCUGUUCUUGAGGGUCGUGUCUUCACCCCCAACCGGACUCCUCCCUUGGACUUGCGGUCGCAUUUCUACGCGUGGACUGUUGACACAGCAGACUUCAUGAAAUGCAGCGAAACCACGAUGCACGACAACGUCACCGCAUAUACCUUCUUCAAAAUCAGCGGUGAUACUGACGGUGUCGUCAUCACUGAGGAAAAUGGAGUGAAGACGUACAAACUUCUUUGCCAGGACGAGUACUUUUGGCGCCCCAGCAGCUGCAGAAGUGACCCAAGCAAAUGCGUCGUGUUUGUGACUGGCGGGGAUGGUUGGGACAUUCCGCAUGCACCGCAGAGGGCAGCAGCAUAUAACAUGCCAUUCGCCAUUGGGGUGGCUGCUUCAUGGAGCAAGUACUUGGAAGUGCCUGGGAAGUACAAGUCGAUGUACUUCUACUGGUGGACCCCAGAUGAUUCCUUCAUUGAAAUGCAGCCCACCAAGCUGAUCUUGCCAACUUACGAUGCCUAUGCUUGGACCCUGAGCGAUUACACCACCGCUGCGGCAGAUAUAAAAACUGCAAAGAUCGUACCAAAAGAUUUGACUAUAAUGGCUCCUGAUGUGGUGAAGCUCCUGGCCGCCAGCUUGUUUGAUAGCGCGGCAGUGGACAGCAUGAUGCUCAACAUGAAAACCAACUCACUGACCCGGGAACAAGCUGCUUGUGCCUGGUUGAAAGGCAACGAUGUUCGGUGGAACAUGUGGAUUCCAGAUUCCACCAAGUGCGACCCUGGCUUUGGGCUUUACGAUGACGCCACGGAGGUCUUCACUGCCCAGCGAACCACAGCCACGACUUGCAGGGCUUGCCUUCCAGGGAUGCUUUCCAAGGCCUAUUCCGAUGAUUCCGGCCCCACCUACGUUUGCGAAGCUUGUCCUGCGGGCCAGCAACAGCUGGGAGCCGGCGAAAUGGCUUGUGAUCCUUGUCCUUUGGGCACGUCCAAGUUAAACCAGUCCCCAGAGGAGUGCGCGCUCUGUCCGGCAGGCCAAUACCAGGACGAGGAAGGAGCUUUUCAAUGCAAGAAGUGCCCGCCAGGAACAACGACCAUGAUUUUGGGAAUGAAGUCAAUUUCAGGAUGUGGUUGCAAGGCUGGCAGCAUCGAUGUCUCUGAUUUGAACUCUCCACUCCGGACUGCAGCCGAUUGCCAAGCCUGCACCGCCGGUCUUGACUGCCCCACCAUGUCGACAGUAGCAGCGCUCAAAGCUGGUGUGUCUCCCGUGGGUGAGGAGUUUACGCCCAUGGUCAUCGAAGGCUACUUCAGCACCGAGUCGAAACCGAUUGAGCUGUUCAAGUGCUCGAGCCCAGUCGAAUGCCCAGGCGGAAAGCCUGACACUUGUGGUGGAGAUCGCAUUGGGGUUCCUUGUGGCGAAUGUCCGGCUGCGACCUAUUGGGCCGGAUCGAAAUGCUCAGGAUGCACCGCAUGGUCUGCGAUUGGUUGGAUUUUGUGCAUUGCGCUCAUCUUCGCAGGCCUGGUGGGGGCUUACUACUUCUUGAACUCGGCUGUGACGGCAAAGGCUUCCACAUUGGUCAGCACGACAUGCGCAGUUGGCAUGAUGAUCAACAUGCUCCAAAGCCUGGGGAUCAUUGGAACGAUGACGGUGGGAUGGCCAGUGAGCCUCAAAGGCAUCUGGGGCUUCUUGCAGGUCUUUACCUUUGACAUUGACGGCUUUGCAUUUGCUUGCAUUGCCGGUGAAAACCCAGUGGCACGCUACAUUUUACUGGUCCUGUUCUUCCCAGCCGGGCUUCUUUGGUUGAGCCUCUGCGGUCUUGUUUCCAAAGUCAAAGCAAAAUGGGCUUGGGACACGACCAAACUUCGAAGUACCAUGGGCCAGUUCAUGCAGGCGCGAGUGCUGAGGAAAGCCGCAGCCCCACAUCAGACCGGACUCGGCAUGCUAAAAUCGAGGGAAGACCCUGUGUUUCGCACACGUGUGGGCUGGCAGCGCGUCGCGAACAGCAUGUUGUGCUACGUUUUAAUCCGCACGAUUUCAUGA